AAGAACAGAGGAGCAAGUGAGGGCUUGAGCUGAGCUUCUUGAGAGCAUCAAUGGCCGUUCACGUUCUGCUGCUUCUUGUGGCCUUCACGCUGCUCAGUGCAUGCACUGCUUUAUUGAAGUGGAAUGACGUGAAGUACCGGAGGAAGAAAGGGUUGCCUCCGGGCACGAUGGGCUGGCCAUUGUUUGGCGAGACCACAGAGUUCCUGAAACAGGGCCCAAACUUCAUGAAAAACCAGAGAGCAAGGUAUGGGAGUUUGUACAAGUCCCACAUUCUCGGGUGCCCGACAGUUGUGUCCAUGGACCCAGAGCUCAACAGGUUCAUCCUCAUGAACGAAGCGAAAGGCCUGGUGCCCGGUUACCCGCAGUCCAUGCUCGACAUAUUGGGCAAGAGCAACAUCGCCGCCGUCCACGGGUCCGCCCACCGGCACAUGAGAGGGGCAUUGCUCGCCCUGGUCAGCCCCGCCAUGAUCAGGGACCAUCUCUUGCCCAAGAUAGAUGAGUUCAUGAGAUCCCACCUCAGCAACUGGGCUGAUCAUCACACCAUCGACAUUCAGGAGAAGACCAAACAGAUGGCAUUUCUAUCAUCUCUAAAGCAAAUUGCUGGUAUCGAAUCCGGCGCAAAAGUUAAGGCAUUCACGGAUGAAUUUUUCAAGUUGGUCCUAGGAACUCUGUCCCUGCCCAUUGAUUUUCCCGGCACAAAUUAUCGCUGCGGGUUUCAGGCAAGGAAGAAUAUUGUCAGCUUGUUGAGGCAACUAAUGGAGGAGAGAAGGGCUUCGCGAGAAACCCACCAAGACAUGCUUGGCUUUUUGAUGAGAGAAGAUGAAAAUAGAUAUAAGUUGACGGAUGAAGAGAUAAUAGACCAGACAAUUGCCGUUUUGUACUCUGGGUAUGAAACUGUCUCAACAACAACCAUGAUGACCAUCAAGUACCUGCAUGAUCACCCAAGGGUGCUUCAAGAACUGAGGAGAGAACAUUUGGCGAUCAAAGGGGCCAAAGAGCCUGAAGAUCCAAUUGACUGGAACGAUGUCAAAUCAAUGCCGUUCACACGUGCAGUGAUCCUUGAAACGUCCAGAUUGGCCACUGUUGUAAAUGGGGUGUUGAGGAAAACAACUCGGGAUGUGGAACUCAGUGGUUUUACAAUUCCAAAGGGAUGGAGAAUAUAUGUUUACACGAGGGAGAUAAACUACGACCCUCAUUUGUAUGAAGAGCCCCUCGCUUUCAAUCCAUGGAGAUGGAUGGACCGAAGCAUGGAAUCUCAAAACUACUUCUUACUAUUUGGCGGAGGCACAAGGCACUGUCCCGGAAAGGAACUUGGGAUUGCCGAGAUUUCUAUAUUUCUUCACUACUUUGUAACUAGAUACAGAUGGGAAGAAGUUGGAGGAGAGAAACUGAUGAAAUUCCCGAGAGUUGCAGCACCAAAUGGAUUUCACAUUAGAGUCAGAUCUUACUGAGCUUUUUCCUAAGAGGGACGAUAUGUAAAAAGGAACACAUUCGUGAAUAACUGGAUCUCUAGUUAGCAUAUACCGGAUAUGAAUUGACCGAUGAUCAACCGACCAUUGCCCGCUUAUUGUGUGACCUUGAUUUGCACUUUAAUGAUAGUUUCGUAUAAGUUAGGUACACAUGCAAUUGUGCACGUGGAGA